UUAUGUUAUGUAAUGCCGAGGAGAGACGAUUCAAAGCUCUUAGGAGUCUGAGGCCGAAAGAGAUGGUAGCAAUUCGCGUCUUGUCGCGAAAAUUCCCAACUUUCGCUUCGAUUUUCUUCCAAAACCUGACUAGAAAUCCAACAAUACAUCGAAUUUCAUUCUCGUAUCUAAUUAAACCCAAGACCCUACACCCUGUUUCGCCGAAACCCUUCACGGUGUUUGCUGCUCAGUUCCAUGACGGGAGGCCAAGGGGUCCUCUCUGGAGAGGGAAGAAGCUGAUCGGAAAAGAGGCCCUUUUCGUGAUUCUGGGUCUCAAGAGGUUGAAGGAAGACGACGAGAAGCUGGACAAGUUUAUAAAGACCCAUGUUUUCAGAUUGUUGAAGUUAGACAUGUUAGCUGUUAUCGGCGAGCUUGAAAGACAGGAAGAGACUGCGCUAGCUAUCAAGAUGUUCGAGGUGAUACAGAAGCAGGAAUGGUACCAACCCGAUGUGUUUAUGUACAAGGACCUUAUAGUAUCUCUAGCAAAGAGUAAAAGAAUGGAUGAAGCAAUGGGGCUUUGGGAGAAAAUGAAGAAAGAGAACCUCUUUCCGGAUUCGCAGACUUACACUGAGGUUAUCAGAGGGUUUCUGAGAGAUGGAUGUCCCGCUGAUGCCAUGAAUGUGUAUGAAGACAUGUUGAAAUCUCCAGAUCCGCCGGAAGAGUUGCCGUUUAGGGUUCUGUUGAAGGGGCUUUUGCCGCAUCCGCUUCUCAGAAACAAAGUGAAGAAAGACUUCGAGGAGUUGUUCCCUGAGAAACAUGCUUAUGAUCCACCAGAAGAGAUAUUUGGUAGAUGUUGAGGUGUGUAUGCAUAAAAAUUCUACUCUACUAUAUCUCAGUGUUUCUCAAUUUGUUUCUCUGGAAUUUGUGUUUACUCCUCUUAUGAAGUUUCAGUCUUUUCACACAAUAAAGUAGUUAAAAAAAUCAUGUCUUAUUGUAGAUCAGUAUGAAUCUUGAAUUGCACGCUGAAACAAUAUCAACAGGAAAGGUCUGUGACUGUUAUUCAAUAUCAACGUGCUUAUGA